AUGCGGAAGCUGCAAAUUCAAGAGGCACAGCCUAUAAGGAUAGCAUUGGAGAUGGCUGAUAAAUCUCUAAAGCAGGCGCAUAGGCUAUUAGAAAAUGUCAUAGUCAAGGUUAGAGAGCUCUUCCUCUCUGCAGACUUUGUGAUACUUGACAUGGGAGAGGAUGCAAAUGACUUCCUCAUACUAAGAAUGCCAUUCUUAGCCACUGGGAGAAAUCUGAUAGAUGUUGAGAGAGGAGAGUUGGUUCUGCGGCUACGUGAGGAUUACUUGGUGUUCAAGGUUUUUAAACCUUCACCAAUCUCUGGAGUAGGAGCACCCAAGACUGGUGAAUCCUCCUCAAGAAAGAGGAAAGAGAAGGCUCCCGCCUCCAGUCCUUAUUAUUUCAUCCGGUUCUUCUCCAAAACCCACGAGGAUCACUUCCAUGAGAUAGUGAGCAAAAAGAAGGUAAUCCCUGAGGUCUGCUUCGAUCUAAAGCCAAAUGAGUACCCAGAGAUCUAG